AUGUCCGACCGAGUCCUGGUCCAAAAAGGUGCACGCAGCUGCGGCAUCACGACAUUUCUACGUGGCAGUCUGCCCAAUUUAUUUACCUACCUAGGCAGGCAUGUAGGCAUGUAUCUUGCGGUUUUUACAUUACCGGUUUUUAGGUACGUACCGGUUCACGAGGUGGAGCCCGACGAUUGCGGAUGGGGCUACAACGUUGAAGCGGUAGUCCCAGUUCGAUUAUCAGUCAAAAGAGGUACGGUAGUUCGACGCAGCCAAAAGUGCCGCGGUUUACUACUAACCGACUCCUCUUCUCUUUUGUUCCCCGCGCACGGCGCCCACGGCGGUCGGAUGUUAACUAGCAACUCUACCGACCACUACCACCUUAGCCGAGAAACAGGGAGACCAAUCGAAAUCUCCGCACCUGUCUCCGGCGGACCUACAAUAUAG